UCCAAAGACUGCCUGGGUCAUGGCGGUAUAUGAGGACGACGCUGGUGAAGAACAGAGGUGGAAGAGGACCAUCACGAGUGGAGGAGCCAGUGAAUAUCGCAUCAACGACCGGGUAGUUACGGCUCAGCAAUACAACGAUGCUCUGGAAACCGAAAGAGCUCGAGGAACAGACAGACAUUGUGCAAAAGGUCCAGAAAGAUAUUGGGAGCGUGAAAAAGGCACAGGAUCUGUUUGAAAAAGAUAUCAAGGAUCAACUGAAGAAGCAAGGCCGAGACAUUAGCGACGACGACCGCAAAGAAUACAACACACUCCGAGCCCAAGUCUUGGCCCGAACCGGCUCCAACCAAGCAAAAUUGGAGAACCUUGAGCGACAGAGGAAGGCGGAUGAGGUCACUGUCAGUAGUCUCAAGGGCAAAGUUGACAGCAUCUCAGGGACCAUUGAGAAAAUGGAAGCAGAGUUGACUAGCAUCGGCGAGAGGCGAAGCGCUGCCGAUUCUGCAACCAAGGACAUUACCAAUGACAUCGCCGCCAAGAAGAAAGAGUUUAACCAGCUGCAAUCUGAGCGAGUUCGAACUAACCAAAAAAGAACCGAGCUCGAAGAGAAGCUGGAGGACGUCGCAAGGAAGCUCAGAGAGGCCGACGAUGGUCGCCGUCAGAAUGAUCGAGAGGUACGCAUGAAGGAAAUGGUGACGACUUUGAAGCGUAUAUUCCCUGGAGUUCGCGGUCGCAUCGGAAACUUGUGCACACCGAAGCAGAAGAAGUUCGACGAGGCCGUUAUUGUUGCCUUGGGAAGAGACUUUGACUCGGUAGUGGUCGAUACGGAAAAAACCGGUGUGGACUGUGUUCAGUAUUUGAAAGAACAGAGAUUUCCUCCCAUGACCUUUAUUCCGCUGGACAACAUCAAGGUCAAUGCUGUCAACACCGCAAUCAAGGGCUUCCCCGGUGCGAGACUCACCAUCGACACCAUCAACUUUGAUGCAUCGGUUGAGAGGGCCAUGUCAUACGCAUGCGGCAGCUCUGUGGUUUGUGAUACCCUUGACAUUGCUAAGCACAUUUGCUAUGACAAGAAAAUCCCCGUCAAGGCUGUUACGGUGGAGGGAUACAUCAUCCAUAAGGCCGGCUUGAUGACAGGCGGUCGUGGUCCCGAACCUAAGGGUGGAAAGCGCAAGUUUGAAGAAGCCGAUGUCCAGAAUCUCCAGCGUAUGGCAGCCAAGUUGAAGAGCGAGAUCGAUCGCCUUCCCAAGGCGGAUCGCCGGGGAACCCAGGAGGAAUCUCUCCACAUCGAGCUCAAUGGACUUGAACGGCAGCUGGUGGCGACUAGGGACGAGCUGGCAGCCUUGAACAAGAACUGGACAAGCAAGAAGCGCGAACUGGACAGUCAAAAGAAGCAGCUCCAAGAACUUCAGCCCAAAUACGAGCAGCAAUUAUCGCAACUGAACCGUACAAAGGAGACGGUCCAGGAGUUUAAGGACGCUAUUGCUCGCGUGGAAGACGAGAUCUUUGAUGGGUUCUGCAGGAAACUUGGAUACAGCGACAUUCGCGCGUACGAUGCUUCUCAGGGCAAACUAGAGCAAGAGAUUUCCGAGAAGCGCAACCAAUACGAGGUUCAGAGGCAGAGACUGGAAAGUCGGCUCAAGUGGGAAAUCACGCGCCACAGUGACACGGAAGCACGUAUCAAGAGGAUACAAGAUCACAUCCGACGUCUCAAGCAAGAUAUGAGGACAUACAACAAAGAAAAGGCCGAGAUCGAAGAGUCGAUGCGCGAUGAUCAGGACGAGCUGGAAGCUCUUGGAGAGACCUUGGAAGAAAUGAAGGCGGAGCAGUUGGAAAAGAACCAAAAGGUCAACGAGGCUCGAGCCGAGCUACAGAAACACAGCAAGGACAUUGAGGCCUGCCAGCGAGAGAUUAACGCCCUAGAAACCACUGUGCAGAAGAACAGCGCAGGCAAAUCCGCACUCCUGCGAAGAUGCAGGCUCGAACAGAUCCAGAUUCCGUUAGCCGGAGGUGCUCUCGACAACCUGCCGACAGAAGAUGACUUACUGCGACAAGAUCCAGACGCCAUGGACGUCGAUGGUGGAGAGGAUGAUAUGAUGGAUAUUGCUCUUGAUGAUCAUGGCAUCGAAAUCGAUUUCGACGGUCUCGAGGAGGACUUGAAAGAGUCUGGUGAACCCAGUGUCGAAGACACCUUGACGGAGAAGAUUUCAUCCCUAACAGCAGAGCUGGAGAAGCUGAAUCCCAACAUGAGAGCCAUGGAACGACUAGAAAGUGUCGAGACGAGACUCAAACAGACGGAUCAAGAAUACGAAGACUCGAAAUCAACGGCCCACAAGGCGAAGGAAGCCUUCAACAGCGUCAAGCAGAAAAGAUACGAGCUGUUCAACAAGGCCUUUACUCACAUCCAGGAGCAGAUAUCCAAUGUCUACAAGGAUCUCACGCGAUCAGAUGCUUACCCGCUGGGUGGUCAGGCCUACCUGGACAUUGAAGAGGACACAGACAUGCCCUAUUUGUCAGGUAUCAAAUACCAUGCCAUGCCGCCGCUCAAGAGAUUCCGAGACAUGGAGCAUCUGUCUGGUGGUGAAAAGACCAUGGCAGCGCUGGCGCUCCUCUUCGCCAUCCACAGCUACCAGCCAAGUCCUUUCUUCGUUUUGGACGAAGUUGACGCUGCGUUGGACAAUGCCAAUGUGGACAAGAUCAAGAAGUAUAUCCGGGAACACGCGGGCCCUGGCAUGCAGUUCAUCGUCAUCAGUUUGAAGGCCGGCCUAUUCCAAGACAGCGAGAGUCUUGUCGGCGUAUAUCGUGACCAGGAGGUGAACAGCUCCCGGACGCUAACAUUGGAUCUGAGGAAAUAUGCCUAAGACCAGGCUCCCGGUAUUCCUUGUUUAUGUAUCAAUAUUAACGACUGGAGAGGCUGUAAGUAGAGAGCAGGGCUGGCUGGAUAGGAAAAUGCAGGGAACCAAUGAGCGGCGUCGUCGCCUCGACUA